ACACCAGCUGAUCUUUCCCUAUUGAUGUCACAGCAGAGGUGGAUCUUGAAGAGAAGACUCUGAAAUGGACUGGGAGUAAAGUGCUGUAAUGUUAACACAAUAAAUUAAGAUGAGUUUUGAUUUCUUCUGUUGGAUUUGAGGAUGUGUUACCUUACAGUGCUGUGCUAAUUACAGCAAUUCAGGAAAUGAUUCACAAGAGUGGGUAGCUGAGCAUGGUCCUUCUAACAGCUGUCUUAGCUUCAGCUGGCUUGACUUAUUUACUACAAUUGUGCUUCAUUUGCCUCAAUGGCAAUUGCGUAUGCUCAGUUUUAAUUCCUGGGCUGGAGCCCUCUGACACCUGACAGAAGAAUGGGAUUUGACUUCAGCCUGUCCAUGAAAUCAGACACUUUGGCUUGUAUUUAGAAAAGUUUCUUUGCAGUGAAAUGGGCUAGAAGGUGUUUUCAGUGCUGUAAAUUAAAUGUUAGGCAGUGUAACACGAUCAUGACAUUUAGUGCUGUUACACUGUCUAUUGCACAAUUUUACUGGGGUUUACUGCUUGUUUCAUCAUGUAGCCUCCAGUAUGGAGACAACUUCCUUAAUAAGUAUCAGGGAACCUGAGGACGAGUAGAUUCUGUGAUCCUGCUCUCAAAUGAAGUAAUGACUUAAUAUAUAUAUAUUUUUUGCUUAUAAAAAACUCUAUUCUCGUGUUUCCCUAAGUAGAAAUGCAAAAUGCAUUAGCAUUCCCAUUUGACAGGGUAGCUCCUGCUGUGCAAAAUACAAGUUGCUGUGAUGUGUUGGAGUUUAUGCCACAGUUCUACACAGCAAACCCAUGCAGUUGUCUAUGGAGUUUCAGUUAUGCCAGCAAAAUCUUUAGGUGGCAAGAACAAGGUCAUGGAUGUGUGAUUAACUUGCAUACAGCAGUCCUUGCUGUGGAAAGGAAUGCUUGGCAGGCAUUAACUUUUUAUAACCUGGUAAUAUUUAGGUGCUGCAGAAAAAUUCAUUCUGUGAAGGUCUUGAAAAUGGUGGAGGCACAAACAUUAACCACCCUCUUCUGCUCUGGGUUCAAAGGGGCUUUUCUUUAGAGGUGGAGGGAGGAAGAACAUGAUGGGCUGACCAGGCUUUUGAUAAGCAUGUUCUAAUCUGUGACAGCUAACAAGAGCAGUGAAACUGAGCAGCAGCCAGUUGCUGGGCUGUGUCCUCACCUGCAGGAUGGAGUUACUGUAUCUUAGGGUGGCUGUGGGAGGCCAGUGGUGGAAAUGAGCUAUGACCUUGUGUCCCAGGCAAAGCCCUGACCAUAAGUAGUUAAAACAUGGAGAGGAAUGAACUGAGGUCAGCAUCACAAAUAAUAUGUUCAGUAAAUAAUUUUCUUUGUAUACUGGCUCCGUUUUUUCACUCAUUAUUUGCUCCACUUAUUCUUUUACCUCCUACACACACACACAUGUGCGUGUGUGUGUGUGCAUACACAAUUUUUCUGGCUGCUUUAUUCCAUCUUGCCCUAGUUAUCACCUUCCCAUGUCCACUUGCCACUGUGACCCACCUUCUGGGUAAGGCGCUGUAGAUGAUAGGUUUACUGUGAAACCACCCUCAGUGUGGGGUGGACACCUAUGCUCAGUUUAGAAGAAGCAAGGCUGUUUUCCAGCUGCUCCUUCCUGCGAGUCUGUUUGCUCUGAGCACUGCAGUGGCUAUACAGAGUGCAGCACAGGGGAGGCAGAACGCUGUUCAGCCAUUCACAGGAUUAAGAGCUGUUGCCCACCUUUUUUUCCCAUUGGUGGCAGGCUGUGAGCUUCUGGGUGAGUGAACAUCAGGUUAAUAAUGCUCAUAAGCCAGAGGUGAAAGUGGCUCAGCAGACCAACAUCGGGAAAUCUGGCACACUGGAAGACAGCAGCUGCCCCUCAGGGCAGCUGCCAAGUGUGAAGCAUGGAGGAAAGUAAGAAUGAGAAGGUGAACCAGGCUCACGUUCUCUUUGACAGAUUUGUCCAGGCUUCAACCUGCAAGGGGACUCUUAAGGCUUUCCAAGAGCUCUGCGACUACCUAGAACUAAAGCCCAAGGACUAUCGUUCUUUCUACCACAAACUCAAGUCCAAGCUCAAUUACUGGAAAGCCAAAGCCUUGUGGGCAAAAUUGGAUAAAAGAGGCAGCCAUAAGGACUAUAAGAAGGGGAAAGCAUGCGCCAACACGAAGUGUCUGAUAAUUGGGGCUGGACCCUGUGGCCUUCGUACAGCCAUUGACCUGUCGUUCCUGGGAGCCAAGGUGGUGGUCAUAGAGAAGAGGGAUGCCUUUUCCCGCAAUAACGUGUUGCAUUUGUGGCCAUUCACCAUACAUGACUUGAGGGGUCUUGGCGCCAAAAAGUUUUAUGGCAAGUUCUGUGCAGGAUCCAUAGACCAUAUCAGUAUCCGUCAGCUCCAGCUCAUUCUUUUGAAGGUUGCCUUGAUCUUGGGAAUAGAGAUCCAUGUCAAUGUGGAAUUUCAAGGGCUUGUUUACCCUCCGGAGGAUCAGGAGAAUGAAAGAAUAGGUUGGCGUGCAUUGGUCCACCCAAAAACCCAUCCAGUAUCUGAGUAUGAGUUUGAAGUAAUCAUUGGAGGGGAUGGCAGGAGGAACACGUUGGAAGGGUUUCGGCGAAAAGAAUUCCGUGGUAAAUUGGCAAUUGCCAUCACAGCUAACUUCAUCAAUCGUAACACCACAGCUGAAGCCAAAGUAGAAGAGAUCAGCGGUGUGGCCUUCAUAUUCAACCAGAAGUUCUUCCAGGAUUUGCGGGAAGCCACAGGUAUUGACUUGGAGAACAUUGUCUACUACAAAGAUGAUACGCACUACUUUGUCAUGACUGCCAAAAAACAGAGCUUGCUGGAAAAAGGAGUGAUACGGCAUGAUUAUGCUGACACAGAGUUGCUGCUCUCACGGGAGAAUGUGGACCAGGAGGCUCUGCUAAACUAUGCCAGAGAAGCAGCUGACUUCUCCACUAAUCAGCAGCUGCCAUCACUGGACUUCGCCAUCAAUCACUAUGGUCAGCCAGAUGUGGCCAUGUUUGACUUCACGUGCAUGUAUGCAUCAGAGAAUGCAGCCCUGGUUCGAGAGCAGAAUGGCCACCAGUUACUUGUGGCACUGGUUGGGGACAGUCUCUUAGAGCCAUUUUGGCCAAUGGGAACUGGAAUAGCCAGGGGAUUUUUGGCUGCAAUGGACUCUGCUUGGAUGGUACGAAGUUGGUCUCUUGGUGCUAGUCCUUUGGAAGUUCUCGCAGAGAGGGAAAGCAUUUAUAGGCUACUGCCUCAGACCACGCCUGAGAAUGUGAGUAAAAACUUCAGCCAUUACAGCAUUGAUCCUGCCACACGGUAUCCCAAUAUCAACGUCAACUUCUUGCGGCCCCAGCAGGUACGCCACUUGUAUAAUACAGGAGACUUGAAAGACAUUCACCUGGAAAUAGAGAACUUUGUAAACUCCAGGACACCAAAGCUGACUCGAAAUGAGUCUGUAGCUCGCUCUAGUAAAUUGCUCAGUUGGUGCCAGAGGCAGACUGAUGGAUAUGCUGGUGUUAAUGUGACAGAUCUCACAAUGUCAUGGAAAAGUGGCCUAGCUUUGUGUGCCAUUAUCCACAGAUACCGUCCAGACUUAAUAGACUUUGAUUCUCUGGAUGAGCACAAUGUGGAGAAGAAUAACCAGCUGGCCUUUGACAUUGCUGAAAAAGAGUUUGGAAUAUGUCCCAUUAUGACUGGAAAGGAAAUGGCAUCUGUUGGAGAGCCAGAUAAACUCUCGAUGGUGAUGUACCUCACACAGUUCUAUGAGAUGUUUAAAGACACCAUCCCCUCCAGUGAUAGUCUGGACUUGAAUGCAGAAGAAAAAGCUGCCCUAAUUGCCAGUACCAAAUCGCCUAUCUCUUUUCUCAGUAAACUGGGACAAAGCAUCUCUCGAAAACGCACUCCAAAGGACAAAAAAGAAAAAGAACUGGAUGGUGCAGGAAAGAGGAGAAAAACCAGCCAAUCUGAGGAUGAGGACAUACCACGAAGCUACAGAGAAGAAAGGCCCACACUGGUGAGCGCCCUGACGGAGAGGAGAAUUGACGCUGCCAUUGGGAAUCAGAACAAAGUCAAGUCUAUGGCAACCCAGCUACUGGCCAAGUUUGAGGAGAAUGCACCAGUGCAGUCCUCAAGCUUACGAAGACAGCAACCUGUCCUGCCUUAUCAAGAACGUGUUCACAACCAGCCAUCCAGCAGACGAGAGCAGGGCCGUCUUGCUCCCAUACCCCAGUGGAAACAGAUGAGGCGUAAAGAAUGUUCUCGGACCUGCCCCAAAAAAGUCAUCAUGCUCUCUUCUUCCACUCCACCUUCCUCUCCACCGUAUCCCAGGCAGCAGAGAAACAGGGAACCUGGUGCUGACUAUCCCGGGGAGCAGAGUCCCAGACAGGAAAGGAGAUCUCCUCGUUUAUUUUCUGAUGACCAAGUGCCUGAGAAUGUUGAGCAAAGGGCCCUCCUGGAGUCCAGACCUGCAGUGAGGCAUCAGCCUGAGACUGAACCGUCUCGCCGAUUCUUUGUUGACCAGUGGGAGCUCUCCCUUAGUCUCCGUUCUUCUAAUCGCCCUUCUUCACCUUCAUCUGACUCUCUUCGACAGAAGUAUAUAAAGAUGUACACAGGCGGAGUGAGCUCUUUGGCUGAGCAGAUAGCCAAUCAGCUUCAAAGGAAAGAGCAACCCAAAACCCUUCUAGACAAGAAGGAACUGGGCUCACUCAAGAAGGAGUUCCCCCAAAACCUGGGAGGCAGUGAUGUCUGUUACUUCUGCCGCAAGCGAGUCUAUGUGAUGGAAAGGCUGAGUGCUGAAGGCAAGUUCUUCCACCGCAGUUGCUUCAAGUGUGAAUACUGUGCGACAACUCUGCGCUUGUCAUCUUACGCCUAUGAUAUUGAAGAUGGUAAGUUCUACUGUAAGCCUCACUACUGUUACCGACUCUCUGGUUAUGCUCAGCGGAAGAGGCCAGCAGUGGGUCCUCUGUCAGGAAAGGACACCAAAGGACCUCUGCAGGACGCCAUGGCAAGUGAUGGAAGUGGACGGUCAAAUACCAUCUCCGCCACAGCAGAGAGGGCCCCAGGUUCUAAUGUAAAUGGGCUGGAAGAGCCCAGCCUAGCUAAGCGGCUGCGUGGCACACCUGAGCGGAUUGAACUGGAGAACUACCGACUGUCACUGCAGAGGGAAGAAGAACUGGAAGAGGUUCCUGAAGAGACACUAGCAGAGCAUAACCUCAGUAGUGUGUUGGACAAAGGGGCAGAAGAGGAUGUUCCCAGCAGUAGUUCAGAGUCUGAGAUGGAAGAGGAAGAUGAGGAGGAAGAUGAUGAACUGCUGCUGCCUCAGCAACCCCCUUCAGACUUGGGUGGUGUGCCAUGGAAAGAGGCUGUGCGUAUCCACGCCCUCCUGAAGGGAAAGAGUGAAGAAGAGAUCGAGGCUGAGGAAAAUCAUGAGAUUGAGGACAAAGAAGAUGAGGAGGGGGAGGAAGAUGAAGAGGAGGAAGAUGAGGAGUCAAGCGAAGAGGGGGAGUAUUGCCCUUGGGAGAGCGAGCUGCAGCAAGGCCUCUGGCUUCAACGUCUUUCAAAUGAAGAGGACACGGGUACAUUUAAAGCUGGAAACCUUAGACUGGAGCAGAUUGUAAAUCCGGUUGAUCCUCUGGAGAUCCUGGCAGAUGUGCACUGGACACACAUCCGUGAAAAAGAGGAGGAGGAAAAAAUGGUCCCAACCUCAAAGUCCUCCACCUCCAGAGCAUCCGACCUUCCCUCCGUACGCCAUGAGGCGGUACAGGCGUGGCUGGAGACGGUCCCUGGAGGUACUCCAUGUGAGGAGGAUGUGGAGGAUGAGCUGGGCACAGAGCCUGCGGACACAGAAGGGCAGGCAGGUGAAGAGGGAGACACGGGUGCAGAGCUGGAUGACGAUGACAUCCCAUCUGAUGCAGAAGCAGAGUUUCGCUUACAUCAAGGUGGCACGAAAGAGCCAGAACUAAAAGUCUCUGAAGAUGAAGAAGAUGAAGAAGAAGCAGAAGGUGCUUCUUACAGUGUGACAGAAGAUCCAUGCAAGCCAUCCAUCCCUAUCCAGUCACCUAGUGACACUGUUCUUCCUCUGUCUCCAGUUGAAAGUCCCAAAGCAAAACAAGCAGAGGAUGUAAAAGAUCCCCUGGCUGAAGUGUCCCAUGCAAUAAAAUCUCCAGAGGCACGCUUCUUUCCUGAGCCUUUCCUUCUUGAAGGACCAAAGGAUGAAAUUCCCAAAGACAGGAAAGUUAGGAGCCCUCUGGUACCACCGUCACCAGUGUUAUCCCAGCCAGUUGCAUCACCAGAAGCCAUUGCAUCUACAUCGAUGGCAGAGUCCCAGCCAGCAUCACCAACACUGGCUUCAUCUGCAACAUCUGCUCAAAUGCCUAUCUGUUCCCAGCCUUUGCCUUCUGCUGAAACAUCCAUUCCAUCCCCAGUUGCGCCUCCAGUAUGCUUCCAACCUGUCCCAGCCUUAACGUCUACUCCUUUAGCCAAACUAGUUUUCAGGGGCCAGGAUAGUGAGGUGGAAAAACUGGGGAGCCCUACUACUGCAGAAGAAGCCCUGAAACGGAGUAACCUUGUAGAAGAGUUCUGGAUGAAGAGUGCUGAAAUCCGGAGGAGCUUAGGGCUCACCCCAGUAGACAGAAACAAACGCUCAGAGACGAACUUUAAUGUAUCUGCCCUUGAGACAACUCCUCUGAAGACUUUUAAUAGCCAGAAGAUUUCAGGGGAUGAAAGGAUCCAUCUUGUAAAACCCCAGCCUGCCCCAAGAAGACAGGGAUUGUCCAAGUUAGAAAAUGAGCAGAUUUCUCUUCUGACUCCAAAGUCUCCAUCAGAAAAAGAGCUAAGGAGUUCCAGUGAAGUAAGAGAUGUAUCCAGCAGUUCUGGACUUGGCCUUCAGGAGAGCUCAUCUAACAUGAGAACUAUGGCUAGCCAGAGCUUCAACACUUCUGACUCUACUAUGCUUACUCCUCCAUCAAGUCCGCCACCACCGCCUCCUCAGGGUGAAGAACCAGCCACUUUGCGUAGAAAGAGGCAUCAAGCAGUCUGGCAGAACGAGGUUGAAGCCAGGUCACCUCCAACACCAGCAUCAACACCUCCUGUUCCCCCACGCCAUGAGCCGACCUCUGCUGCCAAAGAGCCAAUCCAGGCCAAAAAAGAGGAUGUGCGGAAGUCUUUUGCAGAGAGUGUGGAUGAGAUUCCGUUUGCUGAUGAUGUAGAAGACACUUAUGAUGACAGGACGGAGGACUCGAGCCUUCAUGAGAAGUUCUUUACACCUCCUACCAGUAGGCCAAGGCCAGAGAAACCACGCCUUUUGCCUUUGGUCAAAGAAAAUGGUGGCCCACCCUCAAUGGAAGGAGGGGUUAACCAGAAGAAGCGAGUGUUGCCUGAGAUUUCUGUGGAGGCCAAGGAGCUUGCUGAAGAAAGAAUGAGAGCCAGAGAGAAGUCUGUCAAGAGCCAAGCACUGCGGGAUGCCAUGGCUAAACAGUUGUGUAAGAUGAAAGAUAUGGAGAUGGCUGCAGCUGCUGCUGCUGGGACCACAAGGGCAAGAAAGGCAUCUUCUAUGCCCUUGAAGACCAAAGAGUUGUUUUAUGACUCUCCAAAGCAUCUGGCUUUGAAAAUAGCAGAGGGAUCAACACGAAAGCAUGAUGGUGCUAGUGAGAAGUUCUCCACUCCUGCUGCUGAUAUGGCUGGACCUGAAGGGUCUGUCACCUCUUCAGAGGGCUCCAGUGGGAAGAGUAAAAAAAGAACUUCUCUUUUCUCCCCUCGUAAGAACAAAAAGGAGAAGAAGUCCAAAAAUGACAGCAGGCUUUCUGACAAAUCUAGCGGUGGGACAGACGAAGCAGCAAAGCCUAGGUCGUUGUGGAAGUCUGUUUUCUCUGGGUAUAAGAAAGACAAGAAGAAAAAGACUGAUGACAAAUCCUGCCCAAGUACUCCCUCAAGUAGUGCCACUGUGGAUUCUGGCAAGCACAAAGCUUCUCCGCUGAUUAUAGCUGCAGAUUUGCAGCUCCGUCAACACCUGAGUUUCUCAGAGGACUCCGACCUCUCCAGUGACGAUGUUCUGGAACGCUCCUCCCAGAAAUCCAAACGAGAGUCGAUCUAUGUACCACACGCCUUGGCAUUCAAGAGAUCAUAUUCGUCAAAGAGAGCCUACACAGAAGAGGAACUGAAUGCCAAGCUGACCCGGCGAGUACAGAAAGCUGCCCGUAGACAAGCCAAGCAAGAGGAGCUAAAGAGGUUACAUAGAGCUCAGAUCAUCCAGCGGCAGCUUGAACAAGUGGAAGAGAAGCAGAGGCAACUUGAGGAGAGAGGAGUUGCUGUGGAGAAGGCCCUUCGGGGAGAAGCAGACUAUUGGGGAGAGUCUUAUUACAGUGACCUCAUCGACUUGCAUCUGGGUGUUGAGCCCAAUGCCGGGACACCACGUCGUAGACCUCUCUCCUUCUGCCCUUGCUGUGCCCAUGAAGGCAUGGGGAAGAAGGAUGAUCCCAAGCUGAUGCAGGAGUGGUUCAAGCUGGUGCAGGAGAAGAAUGCCUUGGUUCGCUACGAGUCUGAACUGAUGAUAUUUGCUCGGGAGCUAGAACUGGAAGACAGGCAGAGCCGAUUACAGCAGGAACUCCGGGAGAGGAUGGCAGUAGAAGAUCAUCUGAAGACAGAUGCAGAGCUCUCAGAGGAGAAGAGGAUCCUGAAUGAGAUGCUAGAAGUAGUGGAGCAGAGAGAUUCUCUUGUGGCUCUCCUUGAGGAGCAACGGCUUCGAGAAAAAGAGGAAGACAAGGACCUGGAGGCAGUCAUGCUUUCCAAAGGUUUUAGCUUGAACUGGUCCUGAGCUUGACACGUUUACCUCUGCUGGUGUGUGUUGUCCAGUUGGCCUACCCUGAGUUCGCCAGAAUUACAUGGAUAGGAAGAUGUUGAAGGGGAAACCUCCGAGGGGUCCGACAGCAUGCAGGGAUUUGGUCUGAAGCACUCAGAAGCCUUUUGAUAAGUGUGUUGGUUCCAGAAGCUUACAUUUUACUUGUCUGCAAGCCAAGUUGAAGAUAAUGAGUUGAGACUGUGGAGUCUCCUUGAGGUCCUAUACGAUGGACUCUAUUAUUGUGUGUGGUAGGAGGGAGAAGAAUAAUCCACGUGUGGGGAAGGAGGUUAAGGGAAGAAGUACCCUUAACUGGAUUUAUGGCAGUCUAUUCCUUUCCUGGUUUUACUAUACCAGUUCUAAUAAAAGGGAGGGAAGUGGCAACCCUCUCUGGAAAACCACAGCAGCCUGUAGCAGCCUGUAAAAUGGAGUCACCUGUCCAAGAGAGCUCCAGAAGCCCAGGGCAGCACUUUCUUUGCUUUAGUCUUCCUCCCCACCAAAGAAACCUGCAGCUGAUCAUUAUGCACAGAUAUGAAGAAAUAUGAGACAGAAAAGAUACUAUUAGUAUGCGUGAUGGAACUCUCAGCUUCCUGGUUUUUAGAGAGAUGUGGGCAUCAGAGGACUCUCUCCCUAUCAUAGCCUCCUAAAUCUUCUCGUAGGGAAACAAGGGGAGAAGAAGAGAGACGGAAGAUGCCCUUCUGCUUCGCUACACACUGGAGAGACAGCUACUGCUGGCCUUAGUCUUCAUGGCCACAGCUCAGAGGCUGGUGGGCUUCUAUAUUCUGUUUUUGUUAUGACUGUUUUGACACUGGAAAAUACUGACUGUGUGGGACAGUGGUGUGUGCUGGGGCAGAGGUGUUACCAGGCGGCAUUCCCUGGCUGUUAGGCCCCUAAGAGGAGAAGCCCUUAAGUGACCGAACCACCAUUAAGACUUUUCAGUGUUUUUAUUUUUUUUUUCCUCUGUAUUUUGUUUUUGCACAUUGGAAACGAAGCUUAAGACCUGCCUGGGCCCUCAGUCACUUUGACCCUUUAUUGUCAGUUAACUUAUUUUUUUAAUACUUGAAAGAAGAUUCAUUUUUGUAUCUUUUAGAAAAAAAAAAAAAAAGGAUGAGUGAUGGGUGUGUGUGCCUGCUGCAUCCUACAACUUCCACUUCUAAAUUACUGGAUGUUGUUACCUGUGGCUAUUUAUUAGUGUUCUUAUUAAUAAUUUGUUACACAUAUUUGAUUGCAGAGGGGAGUGUUUUAACUCUGUUAGAGAAAGACACUACUGCAGAUUGGUCCCUGCUUCAUAGCAAGGGCAGCCUUUAUGUACCCACGGAUGCAUCCUGCCCUAGGAUGCAAAAUCCGGCACAGUCAUGGAGUGGUAAGAAUCCUUUUGUGUUCCCAGCAUACUUCUCUUCUGCAUCCGAGAAUUCCCUCUGUUGGACUAACAAGCCCAUAAUUUAUUUAAAUUUUACAUUUUUGUAACAAGAAAGCCGAAACUGUGAGGUAGAAGUAUCCCAUAUGUCUCUUUCUCACUGAAAGAGGGGACCCUCAGACUCUGAGAUAUGGCUAGAGGGACAUCAUGAAAACAAAAAUAGCACAUUUCCUGAUGCAUCUGCUGGAAGAAGCUGUUGGCUCAGCUAGAAAAGCUGCUGUUCAGCCAGGAGGGUACUGACUGUAACCAUACAUUAAGCAAUGAGCAGGAUAUGCACUGAGCAGUUCAGCACCAUUCACUGUUUGACAGACUCCUUGAGCACACUGCACCCUUAGCUUGUCCCACAGAGCUGGAAUAGUGCUGUGCAUUGGGUAUGCAUCCCAUCCUUAAUGGGAUGCAGUAAGAGGUUUUCCCUUCUUGGGAUGCUGACUAUGUUCUUGGUAAAGAAGUACUAAGCUUGCUCCCCAGUGUCCUUGAGAAAGUGUCCCAUUCCCAAGUGUAUCCAUACAGUGUGCUGACUCUUUCAGUUUGAACUUAGGUUGUUGGUGCAAGGCACCCAAGCAGGGGUGAACAUCCUUUGUUCUUUUGCCCCAGGACAGAAGUUUGCAUGGUUUCUUGCUGUUGGCUCUACCUUCUUCAAAGAGGUCUUCUGUAAGCCAGGCUCUACAACUUGAAUUCACAUCUGACUCAGGAGCAUACCUCAGGCUGAAGAAGGAUGUGGACUGUCCCUGAGGACUCUGAGUGGUGCUGGUUCCCUCAGCUGGAAACAUGUUUUUUCCACCUCAAGUGUCCUCCUUUUUAUCCCCACCUAGUGUUUUCUGCAAAGGCAUUACAAAUUAAAUCCAGAUGCUCAUGAAACCAAGCAGACAGGGAGCUGCAGUGCUACUGUGCCUGUUAGCAAGUGAUAACCUGCUACAUCAGCAUCACAGAGUGCUGGCUUAUCAACAGGAUACAGAAUUCCCCCCAUUUGCCAGUGCAGGAGCCAGCUGCACAACUCAAAUUGGCAGUGGUACUUUAGCCUGCAUUUGAGGGGCCGGUGGAAACUGGAGAGGAGGAGGUAAGGAAGAGGGAAGCUAGAUAAGGUUUAUUGUAAGUUCUGUCUUAGACAGAGAAUUGGCCUCAGUCCUCUUCAUAAUGCACGAGGUAUAGGGACUACAUCUAACUUUUAUCAAAAGAUCAUUGAAUGUGAGCUGUAGAACAGAAAGAAAUCCUGAAAAAGAAAUACCAGAUCAUUACUUUUCCCCUUCUUGCUGGGGGAUGCUGGCCAAAGAAUGAUAUACCACUUAAAGGUGUAAUGCCCUACUGCACAGGAAAACCUGAAUUCUUUAGGUUAUGCUGAAGGCCUCCAGCAGUGAGAAUGAAGAGCUAACAUCGCACAUACACAUUAAUUAAAAAUACAUGGAAUGGAAUGGAAUGUUAAAAGGCCUUUUUAUAUCAAAAUGGUUGUAAAAGGCACAACUUGUAUUUGCUGUUCAGUUGCACUUUAAGAAUAUGACUUGCACAUCAGAUACUCGGUUUUUUUACUAUCUGAAUAUUUUUAAGUCAAAUUUUGUAUUUUUAAAGCUGAAGAAGGCUCUUGUGAUCACAAGAUUCCUUAUUUGUAUAAGAAUCCAAGUAGGAUGUUCUAGCUCUUUGUGCUGCCCAGGUGUGCAGCAGCACAUGACUCAGCCAUGCACAUUCAAUGAUGUGCAUCCAUUUUGCAUAUGAGGGGAGAGCCAGAGGCCCUCAGUUUCCAAGAAGUGGGCACACAAGGGCAUCUGUCGCAGUGGUACAUGGGCCGGAGGACAGCUGAGCUUGGAACCUAACCUGUGUUCAUUGUGAAAAGGGCAUGCUGAGGAUGGGGCAGGCACUUCAGUUCCCUGUGGGGAAGGGAGGAGGGGGAUACUGCUUCCUGCAGGGAAGGGGAGACGGGAUGGGGGAGUGAAGACUGCCAAAACAACUGACCUGCUGUUUUCACAGUACCAUUUUUGUUUUAUAACCCUUCUGUUCUUUUAACCAUGUUUUCAUUCAAGUUCACAAAUGGCUGUUAAAUUCUGAGCUUCAAAGAACUAAUGUGUGGGGAGGUGACGUUUCAGCUCCAAUUUCCAGACAUAUUCCUCCUUUCAGUUAAGCAACACCCCAUGGUCUCGCUAGGGCAUGUUACAAACUGCGUUGCUGAAACAUAUUUUAGAGCAAAGCGCAAGUUUUAAAAGUCUGUCCUCCUCUCUAUCCAUCUCUGCAUUUUAUGUAAAUAUUUGUUUGUAUGUAAAGACACCAGUGGAUCCUUGGGUUACCCCCAUGGUCGAGAAUCUGAGUUUUGUGCAAUGCCUAGGCCUCUCUUAGAACACAGUGCUUGCAUAGAGCUAGUCACCACACUUGUGUGCACUCUGGUGGUUUUUAAUACUUUUAUACAUCCUAAUCCUGAACAUUAUGAAGUAUUGUACGUGGUCUAGACUGCAUGUUCUAGAGCAGCCAGCAGUUCCCUUUUGUGAGAAAAUGUUCACAGCUACACCUUGUUUGGUUAACGUUCUUUUAAAAUGAGUUUUCAAUCAAGUAUUUACACCAGACACCAGUGGAUGAGAAAGGUGUUGCAUUAGAAAACCUCCUGUGUACAAACUGAGAAGCCGCAAUAGGGCUUUAUGGGAAUUUCAGUCAUCUCUGUCUGCAAUAAAGAGAACUCUAAAGCAUACUAAAAACCAGCCUGUAUAUAGUUCACAGAGAAAAGAGACCACUGGCUCUCAACUGCUGCAAAAUAACAGAGAUUGGAAGCUUUCCAAAACUUCCUGGUUUUGGAUUGCUCAGAGCAGUGCUAUAGGCAGGGUAGUGGGGCAGGUGGGGAUGUCACUGAGAGCAGAUGUGAAGGGGAGGAUGCCAUGUUCUGAUGGCAUCGCAGUAAUUUAAAUACUCUGUAUCUGUGCGUGCAUGCGUGUGUGUGUGAAGUCUAAUCCAGGUGAAGGGAUCUGCUUUGGCAGCUUCCCUUUUGUAUGAAAGUGAACUCUGAUAUUCAGAUCGUUCAAGGCUUUUACGGUUGGCAUGUAUGGAGUGUUAACAGAAAAGCGUAUUACCCUACCUGUAAAAAAACAACCAACUCUGUUCCAGCCUGUUUUCUUCUGUUUGGUUGUGUUCUAUCAUUUGUUUUUAUGCACACUUGCUUCGUUGGUGUUGAGAUUUUAGCACCUCAGAUGGCCAACUGAACUAAAAAAAAAAAAAAAAGAAAAAAAAUAAAGUCAUUAAUUAUUUUUUCUUUUU